AUGUCUACACUAGAUAUUCCUCAAUUAGCAGCACUACUACAGUCUACCAAAGUGAAGGAUAAAAAUGAUGCUCUAACACAACUUGAAAUUAUAUCGACCUCACGAUGGAGACUACCGCUGAAACAGUUGCGAAUUUUAACAAGUGCUGUGUUCCAAUUGAUCGAGUAUGAGUCGCAACAAUUCAUAAACAAUAAAUCCACAACACAAGCAUCAGCAGCUUCUCGAUUGAAUAAGGCUAGCUACUUUUUGAGGCUAUUAGUUGAGAGAUCAAUCUCAGAUCAACUAAGCCUAAAGUCUAAAUUCUAUCUCGAAAUAUGCUUCACAAUUAAAAGCCUAUUCUAUAUACAAAACCAGCCCUUGGGUCCAUGUUCUAUUGAUUUUUCCAUAAUCCUAUCCGCUAUAUUGGGGAUCGGCUAUGUUAAUGAGCAUCUUAGUGGUAAGGAUUGGUUCGACAUUUAUGCGUUCCUUGUGACUGCUGCUGAUCGAUCAUUGGAAGAUAUAACACAACCCAUGCAAUUUGGUGGCAUAAAUGAAAAAGCUUUGACAGAAAUUUGGACUGCAUUGCAAAAUCUACUUGAAUGUGAUAGCUCAUCUAGCAGUCUUCAGUUAUUUGAAAAUGAAGCAUAUUUCAGACUAUUGCCUGUGUUAAACAAGACAAUCGACGCCUUCAAGAAAGAGAAUCCAAUUCACAUCACAAUUUUUAAGAUCCUCAACAAACUUAUAAUCUCACUAGCCACUACUGAUUUAAAAUUUGUCAACAAAUUGAUUGCGUUGGGCAUCAAGUUGAUGGUAGCAUGUCAUAAACCACGCUGGGAGAAGCUUCAAGAUCAGUUUUUGAUCUUUUUAAAUGUUCCAACGACUCAUAAUUUUAUGUACUUAGAUCACUUGCCUAAGCUUGUAGGAGGAUCUGAGAUUGAGUUAUCAUUCCUUUCUGAAGACUCUAUCGAAACACAAGUGAAUGUUGAGAAUGACUCUAAGCUAUUAUACAAUUUGGAAUUGCUCAUUGUUGAAUUACUUAAUUAUUUGCUUGCACUACCUUCAGACUUGUCUGAAUCUAUUGGUCUCCUUGAUUCCAAUAGCAAUGUUGACUGGUUCAAUCUUCGUACUAUAUUCUUAAAUGGCGCGGAUUGUCGACAUUGGUUAUAUACAACAGCAACGACAAAAUUGAUGAAAACUUACUUUGAUGUGAAGAAAAGUAUUCUGCUUUUGCAGGAUACCAAUAGACCUGGCAGAAGUUAUUUCACUGAUAUCAUUUUCAAUAACUUGGUUUCCUCAUAUAGCAUGAUUGAUUUUUGCAGUUCUCUUGUCCUGUAUCGAUCAACUACCGAGUUCCAUUUGUUGAGCUUAAUUUUGAUGACGUUUUAUCUCGAACUUGAGACACCUUCGAAACCUGAGCGGAGAUCAUUGCAGAAUGAAGAAUACGUUGGCGCCAGUGAUGGGAUAAAUACUACAUUCGACUUCACUAUAUCAGCAAUGGCAGAAACACAAGAUUUACCAGGGUUUUUACAAAGCAUGCUAAAAACAGUAGAUUAUCAAUCUGGAUAUUUCUGGCUAAUGUUAUUGGCACGAUCCGUUUCCGUUUCAAAUCAAGUGAGUUUUCAAAAACUAAGUUUAGGAAAGAAAACUGACCACCUUCGGCUGAUCAUAAAGUUGGCAUUAAAUGGUGUAAACAAACCAUGCAAUUAUCUUGCGUGCAAUUUGAUUUCCCAAUUAGUGUUGCGGCGUGAUUUUAAAUCCAGUAAAAUUGCUGACGAUGCGAUAGUUACACAAUUGGAAUCAAUAAUCGACUUUCCUGGUGUGAAUGGGCCAUCCAUCCAUAAUGAAAGCUUUGGAUUUUGGUACGCAGUCAACAAACUAUGCGUCGACCUCAACAUCAGGAAGAAAAAUAUUUUGUUCAGAAAGAUUGAUGAAUGGUUGUGUGAAAAGUGGGAUGCUGCAUCCGCCACAGGAAUACUUAUCCAAUGCCGCAUCGACGAGUUUGUAUACUGGAUGUCGGGCUACACUCCCAUAUUCGAUCGAAAAAUUGAACACAGAAAUGUUAAUGAAGGAUUAUUCAGGAUACCGAUGGAUUUACAAAUGUUCCAGCAACAAUUGGAGUCAUUUAUUGCUUUGGCACAAAAGACUGAAGAAACGGAAGAAGAUCCAUAUGGUAUUACUCCCAUCAUGUUUGAAACACAUUCUAAUUUUUGGAGCAAGAUUGUCUCCACAUUCAGUAAAUUAAACACUGAGCCAGUUUCAUACGAAAAGCUUUUUAGAUGGUUGGUUACUCUACUGAAAUUGUUGCUGAAAAUGUCUCAUAUUUUGCGCGAACAUGAUCUUUGGGACACUUUAAAAUAUCAAAUGAGUGUGGGUCUUGAAGCAUUUUUAACCUUUGACAUGUCAGUUGAGGAAGCCUUUAACAUUAUGCGCAUGAUAGUGGACCACUCAUCGGAGGGUGUAGGCGAGGUGGACAACUUCCUUACUAGGGUUCCAUUUGACAAAUUACUUUGUUCCGUUGUAUCUAGUUUUCAAUUACAAAACAAGCAAGUGAAGAGACCAUUCAGUGAUGAAGAUACAGAAUUUUCAGCGGUUAGAGAAAGCAGCGUAACUCUGGAAUCUACUGCAACUACACGCAACGGCUGUCAUGAUUAUAAUUACUCACCGAUUGUUGACCUCAUGAAAUUCAAAGUGUUGCAGUUACGUGUCUCAGGGAACAGCGAAAUGGAGGUUUUAUCUCUGUUGGUUUCAUUUAUUGAAAACUUCAACAACGACAGCUUUUUGUUGGCUUUGUUGUACAUUAUUGACGAGCAAUUACCAAGGAUAGAUUACAUUGAUCAGAAAUCACCUUUGAUAAAAUUGUUACGAGUAUUGGGGGAUCGAGCUCUUUCAGACCAGGUACUAGAGCGCAACGAAAUGGUUUUGGUGAUAGUUUCGCGUACGCUUUCUCAUUUAAUUCCAUUAAUUUCACCCUCAGCUGAUGAUGCAUUGUACCGAGACUGUUUUGACAUUGUUCAAUGGCUCUACAUGUUGGGAAACAAAAACUACAUCACCACUGAAACUUCACUUUUAGACUACAUUAAAUUCUUGAUCAUUUUUAUGCAACAUAACAAUGAAAUGAUUAUUUCACAGGUAUCGCUAAUGGAAGAGACCUAUCUGAAGUUCUCUAAAUCAACUAAUAUGAUGAAAUCAAAGAUAAUUGAUGAUUUUUCCAAAUUUAUUCGAAAUUGUGAGACUUUCAAACAGAGAGAAAUAUACUCAAAAUUGUUUGACUACUUUGUCACACCUCAGUCUUCUGUUGAACGUGGAGCAACGUACGUUUAUUUCUUUUCCCAUUUGGCUGCAUCGUCUCCUACAAUAUUAAGGUUGGCAUUGUUCAAUUUAACUGAGUGCUCUAGGUUUGAAUCUUUUGUGCCUUACUUGAAACCAGGCUUCGAAGAGCUUUGUUUCAAAUGUAACUUGCCAAGUCUGUACACACUAUUUGCUUCAGUCAAGUUGGACUUACUUCGAAGAUGGUGGUUUUUCGAUACUAUAAAAACGUUUCCGUUUUUAUUGUUCAAUUAUGACAGUUUAUCUACAUUCUUGAGUGAAAACUAUCGUGAAAUCACCGCAGUUGUCGUUUCAACAAAGUCAAAAACAGAAACAGACUUUAGAACAGACAAAUGUUCAAUUGAUCUUUUAUCGAUAAUUGCUAGUGUGAGAAACAUUACUCCAGAGACGCUAGUCGGUGAAAGCUUGUCAUUAAUUAUCCCGUUGUCUUACACAAAAAAUGGAAUUAAAAAUCGUAGUUUUGAAAUUUUGAUGGACUACGUGGGUGAUUUCAAGCAUGAAGUGAAGCAUCAACUCCCUGUAAUUAUCUUAGAGACCAUAAAGAGACUUGAUGUUUCAAACGAAGUCGAAAUCACAAGACUACUUCCAAGAACCAGUUUUGUAUCGCAAUUGAUUAAUCAAAAUUACAGAGCCGAAAGCAAUAACUCCGAAGUCGUUGUGCCCAUGCAUCCUGGUAUUGAAUUGAUCAACAAAAUGGUGGAGAAGUAUCAUACAGAGAAAUCCUUCUUUUGGUCAACAACAAUGAUAUACUUUUUCAUCAGAAGAAUUGGAAUGUUAUUGUCUGGCAAUUACGAUUUGGACACAUCAAUAUUUGAGUUACGUCGAAUUAAAUUGGUUAUUAUUAUGGGUGGAGAAAAUGCAUUCUCGAUGGACAUCGUUAACUUGCUCGUGAAAACAUUAACACCAUUGAUGGAGAAUAAAGAGGUCGUGGUCACUCGCGAAGUUUACCGCAUUCUUGCUACUUUUGGAAAUAUACUUCAUGUUGAGUCUGAGCAUUCUAAUGGUUUGAAGACGAUUUUGCCUCUACUAAGUUCACUUGUGCUGCAACCUCCACUUGCUGGUGAUGACCUGUAUCAAAAGCUAGUUGAAAAGUUGAGCGACUAUGCGAACAUUAUUCAAAGACUUGAAGAAGUGUCUUCUGGAAAGAAGGUGAUAAUAGCUGCUAUCAGACAGUUGAAAGGUGAUCAAUCUUCAUUACAAAUUACUGACAUCGAGGAAUUUUUGAGCGAAAAAGUUGAAUACAGUGCUAUUGUUGUUGCAUCAAAGAUGUUUUCAUGUGUGGUCGAUCCAGAGGUGAUUUCAACAAAACUUCCAAUGUUGAGAAAUAUACUUGCUCUAAGUAACGACCAGCUUUCUCACUUAACACAGCAAUUCAAACUUUGGAUAGCAAAGUGUUUAUCAAAGUAUUACUUUGAGACGAGAUCAAUAAAUGUUAUGGAUUUGCUUCAAACAGAGGAAUACGAUGGUUUUGACGAGCAUCACUUGAAUCUGGAUUGGUCAUUCUUUGAUCUACCGAUGAGGAUCCUCGUUAAAUACUCUGUGGAAGGAGACUAUUACGAAGCUGCCUCCGCGGAGUCAGUAUUGGGAGUUCUUUUUGAUAUGGAAAAGGAAGACCCGGCCAUUUUAUCACAUAUUGUAAACGUGGAACCAAUUUACAUUUCUAUGUCAGGAUUUAUUCAGCGAAUAAAGCUUCAGGCCUGUGUAUUACUAAAUGAUGAGCCCAAUAACGCUAUAGCUGACACGUCACUCUGCAGGUUAGUCGAAAACUUUGAUUUGUUUUUUGAUCUCAAUCAGAGCGACUGGAGUUCAAAGAUCUGUUUGGCAAUUCUCAAAGAAGUUGCCACAUUUAGCGUCAUCGGAUCAGUUAUGAGUGUUUUUGUUGUUAAGGUACCAUCAUUUGCUUCGAAAACAAUAUCAUCGUUAGUCUGCUUUUAUCUCAAUUUUGCGAGAACAAAAGGGGAGGGUACCAUCAUUGCUAUGUUGAAUAGCUUCGCAAAAUUGAAGCAUAAAAAGAUAGAAGCAAUUAAGACUUUUGUUGGGAUCUUGUUGAGUGUAAGAAUUGCUUCAAAAACAUCCACUAAUCCAUCCUUUACAAAUGUUUAUGCAAGGGUGGAUGUACUUCGAUAUUAUGAACUAGCAACUGCGUGUAAGAUGUAUAAAUCAGCGUUACAGUUAUUCGAAGAUGUGUUUUGCGAUACGAGGUCAUCAGUGUUACUCGAAAGUCAAUAUCUGACAUUACAAAAUGUUUAUGAGGGUCUUGAUGACACAGAUUUGAUUUACGGUCUUCCAGAGAAAACUAGCUUAGAUCACUGUUUGAAUCUGAAGUUCCGGUUAGGCGCUUCUGAUGUUCAAUUUCAGUAUAGUAGUGGGUAUUUGGAUGCCAGUUUGAAAUUGAAUGCCCCUCUUUUAGACGGGUUUUCUUCUAUGAUGUCAAAUGCUGGUAUGUUGGGUAUUUCGCUGAUAGUGAGUAAAAGCAUGGAUCAGUCUGCUACCGAAAACGAAACGUAUGAGUGGAAUUGGAAAUUGUCAAAGUGGGAUCAGCCCAUACCUGCUAAUGAACAGAAUGAACAUCAGCUGAUAUACAAGGUAUUGAAACAAAUUCAUGACUUUCCUCGGAAUGGGGAAAAUGCUUGUCGUGAGUCGCUUUUGCGACUAAUGAAUGUUCAUACAAGAGGCGACUAUGUGGGCGUCAAAGACAUACGAGAAAAUUUCAUGGACUGGCUAAGAUCAUUGGCUUCAGUUACUGCCAUCGAAGAUACAAUCAACGGCACUUCGUUGUCAAAUUUGGAUGAAGAGUUUCCUGAUUUUGAAAAGUUUGAAAAUAUCAUUUCGGCAAAGCAGACAAGCUUUCAAAUAUUAGCUGAGCAACCACCUUCUCAUACUCCUAGUGAUAUGCUCUGGACAUUAUCUUUGAAAGAAUUGGUUUUGUAUAACAACCUAGCGAGGAUAAACAAUGAGCAACAAAAGAUGAUAUCAUCAACUGUUUUGAUCGAUAAUAUUUGCAAAAGGUUACAGAAUUCCCAAAGUGCGUUGCAUCAGAACUUGUCGCAUUUAGCGCUGUUCCAACUAGCACAGUCAAUGUGGAAGCAAGGAGUUACUAAUGUUCCAGUUUCAAUAUUGAAAGAAUUAUAUAACGCAGGUGGAGUUGAUAUCUACGACCAUGAAUUGAGGGUGGAUAAGUUUAUGAUUAAAGCAAUGAUGAUAGAAUGGAUGUCUGAAUCGCGUCAGGAAUUGUCGUCGAAUUUGAUGGAGAAUCACGUAUUGCCGACGGCGGAAAAGUCUUUGAGGUUGGAUGAUCAAGUACAACAAUCGAGAAUAUUCCGACUUUUAGCUCAAUUUUGUGAGACUCAAUACAAAUCUAAGUCACUUAGAGAACAAAUUGAAAUAUUAGAGAAACGGGUAUAUGAAAAGGAAACUGAGAUUGGAGAAUUGAAAACUCAUUACAGCUCCUCGCAACUCUCUUCUGAGGAGAAGCGAUCAGUCAAUAAAUUUUAUUCCAAGCUAAAAGUCCAAUAUAAAGCUGAGUGUACGGAUUUAGAGUACGCUAGAGCUAGUAGAGAACAGUCCGUGGUCAAAGCAAUUGAGUAUUAUUUGCUAACAAUGACUGUGAGCGAUUUCCCUGAGGAAGAUUUAGAUAAGUUUUGCGCCUUGUGGUUAGAGCAAUCAAACGAUGACAAACUUAAUGAAAAAAUUGGGCAGAAGCUUCUAUUGUUGCCUACCCACAAGUUGUUAAGUUGGUGUGCUCAAUUAAUCUCGAGAUUGACAAAAGAGACAACGAAAUUUCAGUCUAUUUUGAAACAAUUGAUAUUGCGAAUGUGUGAUGAUCAUCCUUAUCACACUUUGUAUUUGUUAUUCUCAUUGAAGAAACAUAAACAAUUGGCGCAGAAGGAUGCUAACCCCUUGCUUAUUUCCAAGGCUGUUGCAGCUGAAACAUUAUGGGGAGAAUUAAUGAACCGCAAUUCAGCCUAUGUGCAUGAUAAACUAAAUCCCAUUCAAACCUUUAGCGAGGAAUGCAUACGAUUAGCUGAGUUUAAAGUGCCAAGGGGCAAAACUAUCAACUUGGAGAAGCUAAGUGACUUUUCUUCUUUUUGGUUGUAUAACUUGCCCCGUAUCCCACCUCCCACAAAGUCCCUUAAAGUUGAUAGUACCAAAUCUUAUCUGAACAUUCCUGUCAUGUGGAAGAUCGAGAAGAAAAUUGCAACUACUUCAACAGGUUUGAGUUUACCCAAAAUUGUUAGAUUUGUUCUCUCUGAUGGUUCUACACAUGUAAUGUUGAUGAAGCAUGGAACUGACGAUCUUCGUCAGGACUCUAUUAUGGAACAGGUGUUUGAUAAAGUUCAAAAUAUAUUCACGAGAGACAAGGAGUGUAGCAAGAGAGGUUUAGCCAUAAGGACCUACAAUGCCGUUCCACUUGGUCCAAGAUCAGGUGUGAUAGAAUUUGUGCCGAAUUCAACAUCGUUUUUGGAUGCGAUACUGCCUUAUCAUGCCAAAUAUGAUAAAAUGAAGAUUGAAAAAGCCAGAGAUAUCAUGCGACAAUGUCAGAAUCAAGAUAAAAUUGAAAGGCUUCAUGAGUAUCAAAGAAUUGAAGCUAAAAUCAAACCUGUCUUGCAUUUGUUCUUUCAGGAUUACUUUCUCACCCCUGACAAGUGGUUUGAUAGUAGAGUAAAGUAUACACACGGUGUGGCAACCACCUCCAUAGUUGGCCAUAUACUAGGUUUGGGAGACAGACAUUGCAACAACAUUCUACUCGACAAGCGUAGUGGGGAGCCAAUACACAUUGACCUUGGUGUAGCCUUUGAUCAGGGAAAACAAUUGGCGAUACCGGAAACUGUUCCCUUUCGAUUAACACGAGAUGUAGUUGAUGGUUUUGGUGUAACUGGGGUUGAAGGUGCUUUUAGGAAAUCUUGUCAGCACACCAUGAGAGUUUUGAGAGAAAAUCGGGACCACAUUAUAUCAAUCUUGGAUGUGCUAAGAUGGGAUCCGUUGUAUUCAUGGACCUUGUCACCGAUCAGGAAGAAGCGAUUGCAGGAAGAGGAGGCUAGACUGGGAAUACAACCUGAGCAAGAUGGUUCAGAAGCGGGACGUGCAGUACUAGCAGUGUCUGAUAAAUUGAUUGCCAAUGGCUUGAGCACUGAGGCAGUUGUACGAGAGUUGAUUCAAGAGGCAACAAGCUCCCAAAAUUUGUCAUUGCUAUACUUUGGGUGGUGUCCAUUUUACUAG